GUCAGUGAAGCCGCCAUGACAGAGCAGGAACAGAUAGGGAAGGAGUGGGUGAGCACAGGGUCAUAUCGCCUGAGCCUCCUUUCCUCCUAGAACGGCAGUGCCUUUGAAACAACAUUCAAGUGAGAUGGCAGUCAUUUCUUUGUACCUGAAGGACCGUAGCAGAACUGCCACCGUCUCACAUCAACCCAGCAGGAAAAGCUUUGGAAAGAAGGCCAAGACAUGAGGAAAAGCUCAAUAAUAUGCAGUGAUCAUGGGUGAUGUUGAAAAAGGUAAGAAGAUAUUUGUUCAAAAAUGUUCGCAGUGCCACACGGUUGAAAAAGGUGGAAAGCACAAGACGGGGCCAAAUCUUUGGGGACUCUUUGGCCGUAAAACAGGACAAUCUGCCGGAUUUUCUUACUCCGAUUCAAACAAGAAUAAAGGUAUUGUCUGGAGUGAAACUACAUUAAUGGAAUAUUUGGAGGACCCAAAGAAAUACAUUCCUGGAACAAAAAUGAUUUUUGCUGGCAUUAAAAAGAAGAACGAGAGAGCAGAUCUCAUUGCAUACUUGAAAAAAGCAUGCUCUUCAUGAAACAUUGCAGCUUCUGUGAUUUCAGAAGUAUUCCCUGUUGGCAUUAUACUUGCAGUACUAUUGAUGUUCCAUUAUUGUCCCAGUGUUUGUUCGUAAGGCAUUGCCUGAAAGAAAAUAAAACAUCAGCCUUUUCA